AGAGAAAGGUUUGUGAAAAAUUUAAAGCACGGAAGCGUGAAGAUGUUUCGCGCCAGAGGAAUGAUAGUUGGAUGUGCGGGCGCAGGAAAAACAACUCUUCUUAGAACUCUUCACGAAAGGGCGAGAAAACAUAACGAUACUGCCAGUGCAGAGAAAAGAACUCUUCUUAGAAAGUUUGGAAGAAGACAGAAAACUGAAAAGGAUAGUGCAGGGUCAGAAAACGCGUUUCUUCUGACACAGCGUCAAGAUGCAGAAGGCAUGAAUGAAGAUAAACCAACUGAAUCAACCGUAGGUCUUGAGGUCCAUGAAGAUAUGUUUGUUAUUGAAGACAACAAGUUAAAAGAUUUUUGUCCCAAGGAAGCAAAUAGUGAAAACCAAUAUCUUGACAACAAAUUGAUAAGUAUGACGGACUUUGCCGGACAAGUGGCGUACUACGCAUGUCACCAGGUUUACCUUUCAAGGAGGGCGUUCUACAUCGUGGUGGUCGACAUGUCCAAGAAUCUGAAUGAAAUAUGUCGACUCUAUGACACAGAUCGUCACAACCCAGCAGGUUCCUUAUUUCACUCCUGGACUUACGGAGACUACUUCCAUUUUUGGCUGCAAACAAUUAAUACAUACUGCAGUGAUGGAAUAACACAAAGGGAUCUGAAAGACAGAACAGCCAUCAAAGACUCCACAGGGAAUGUCAAUCAUUACCCGGUUAUUCUUGUUGGCUCCCAUAAAGACAAGCUGGGCGGAAUUUUGCAAUUAUCGGGUGCAUUUUAUGGCCAAUUAGAAGCGAGUUUAUCUAAAGAACAAACUUUGAAAAGACUUAUAUCACCAUACCGAUAUUUCGAAGUAGAAUGUCCGCCAAAAAGAUUGAGUCCAAAACAGCAAAUUUCAAUUGAUCGGGUUAAGACAUGUAUCGCAGAAACUGUACAAAAGCUACCACAUUGGGGUGAAGAAGUUCCCCUGAAAUGGUUUGAACUUGAGAAAAGUCUUAACCAAAAGAAAGCAAACGGAGAAAAAGUCUUGAAGUGGUCAGAAUUGAAAGACACGGCGAAAGCCUAUUCUAUUGACGCAGAUAACCUUAACGAUGUUCUCCGUUUCUUGCACGAAAUAGGAAAAAUCAUAUACUUUUCUGCUGAUAAACUCAAGGAUACCAUUAUCAUUGAUGUUCAGUGGUUUGUUGAUGCAUUCAAGUACAUCAUAACUGACGAAAGACAUUUUGCUCGGAAAGACAACAUAAACGAACUUGUUAAUACUGGGAGAAUAACUGGACAGUACAUUGAACAAGUAUGGGAAAGUAUCAAAGACCUGUCUGCCAAUGGCAAAAAUGAAAAACAUCAGGAUUUCUUAUGGCAAUCUUAUUUAAAACAUAAAGAUGACAUUCUACUAUACAUGGACAAACUUGGCUUGGUGACAAGAAUUGAAGCACAAGUAAGCAUUACCAAUGGGGAAGAGGUGUAUUACAUCCCGAGUAUGAACCGAACCGAUCUUCCUAAUGACAAAAAAGAUGCUAUUAACCGAAAACAAAAAUCAGCAAUGAUGGUGUACUUCUUCAAAUCUUAUUUACCUCAUUUUUUCUUCUUUCGAUUGGUGGUUAAUUGUUUAAAGAAAUGGGAAGUUUUCGAUGAACAGUCAUUUUUUAAAAAUGCUGCAUUUUACAAAGCAGAAGAUGCUGGACAUUAUUUUGCCAUCGCCGUCAGCAAAACAUCAAUCCAACUGCAAGUUUUUACGCGUGACGAAACAGUAAAAGACGGAUGCGUCAAGAAAAUUAGGAAAAUAGUGGAGGAUAUGAUGAAGGAAAUUACAGAAACCUUUCACAAGGGAAUUAUAUACGAUAUGGGUUUUUCAUGCAAGGAUAUUAAAAUCGCAGAUGAAGAUGAAACAUUCUUUUUGAAAGAAUCUGAAAUAAUCCAGGAGGUUAGAAAUUCCAUGGAGAUGUCGUGCCCAAGACAUUUUCUCGAGUCUAACGAACACAUCAUUGAUACCAAUAAAAUACGUAUGUGUUUGUUAGAGAGAAAUUAGACUUUGUCUUCAAAGGAGAAUUAGAACCUAUUUUACAGAGCUAAAAUACUUUUUUAGUUAUUUAAGAUAGGUUUGUGCUUCUGUACAUAAAACACUAUUUUUCAAGUGAAAAGAAGUGAGAAGAGAUACACAAGCAAACUAUAUUUAGGAUACUUUGGCAUAACACUCGAAGCUUGCAGUGACGGAUUUUCACCAGGUGAAACCUGGUGAGACAUUGGAAACUUUCAUAUGAACGAGUUUUAAAAUAAUUAUAUGACUUUUUAGGUGCACACCAUCUCUUUGUGCAUAUGUAAAAAGUUAAUACAUUACAGAAAGUUGCUUUUAAGUGUAUUGUGAUGUAAUGUAAGUUAUAAUCUCUGAUUUUGCAAGGUCAUACUUUAUGCAUAUUAUUCCCCUACCUUCAAAUAACUCUAAAUUUUUAUUUGGACAUUUUUAAAAUAUAUCAUAACUUUGAAUUAAAGAGGGAUAUAAGGUAAGUGUCUCAAUUGGCCCCACAAAAUGAAUAUCGUAAUUUUACUUUAUCUAUAGCUUUAAGGAUUCCCAUCCCUAAUGAGACGAAAUUCACUGCCCUUAAAUGUCAGUCAAGUACAUAAUACUCUUAUAUUAAAAUAAAGUAUUUUAAAAAUGAAAAGGAUUGACCGCAAGAAAGUUUUGAAAAUUUCAUUUAUUAAGCAGUAGUUAAUUAACAAAGAUUGCAUUGAAGCCUAUGGGGAAAAGCAUUUUUUCAAAAUAAAAAUUUAAAUACUUUGAAUAUCAAUAAAUCCUACGGCGUAAAGAUGCAUCGAAACAUUGAAAAUAGAAUGACAAUUGAAAACAAUUUUUUACCAGUUACAAUUUUUUUAAAUUGAUUUUUUUUUAAUUAAAAAAGGGGAUAUAGCUUAUCAAAAUUCAAGGUUGUAAACUAGGACACAUCCCACUAUUCAAACUAAUAGUAAUAAAUGGGAAGUAUGUCUAAAUAAACUGAGUAUCCAAUGUCUACUUAUCUGUUAUGUAAUUAUUUAAUUUCAUUGAAUUUGAUCCAAUAUGGGAUUGAAUA